CUUUCUUCUUACAUUAUGUGGUCUCUGCUAUAAUAUUUCUAAUCCGCGGCUGAGGGACAGUGAGGGAUGAGGGAUAAGGCCGGCUGAUUCGUUCGGUCGCAUCAUCAUUUAUACUCGCGCGCGCACAGCAUGGAGGCGUCCUGAUUUUGAUCAAGUACAGAGCACGGAACAGCAACGCCAAGAUCUGCACGAAGCACAUUAUCUACGCACUAUUUUAAUGAACUUUGGAAUUCCGCACUUUGAUCUUACUCACAUUUAACACCUACCAGCGCACAGCUCCUUCCUGUACACACGUUUUUCGCCAGGUAUAUUAAUUUGAGGCUAGGAAAUCAAACAUUUAUGUUUUCUAUAAAGCAUAAAAUCUAAUAUUAUUUAUUUAUCAUCAUGGGAGUGUUUGCCUCUGUGAAACAAUGGUCGGUGAUACAUCUUAUGUUUGCUAUUACAUUUUUUACAUCUGGCUUGAUAAUAAACUUCUUCCAAUGCAUUUUAUAUCUUGGACUGAGGCCCUUUUCCAAAUAUCUCUACCGCAAAAUUAAUUAUUAUCUUUGCUAUUCCUUCUAUUGUCAAUUAGUAUUCAUGGCAGAAUGGUGGGCAGGGUCCGAUUUGGUAUUAUAUAUAGAUAAAAAAGACUUUGAUAAAUAUUUCGGUAAUGAACAUGGAUAUCUUCUGAUGAAUCACAGUUAUGAAACUGAUUGGCUGAUAGGUUGGCUGCUAUGCGAUCGUGUGAGAUUACUAGGUAAUUGCAAAGCUUAUGCUAAGAAGUCAAUACAGUAUAUUCCUACAUUGGGAUGGGCAUGGAAAUUUGCUGAAAGUAUUUUUCUUGAGAGGAGUUGGGAAAAGGAUAAAGAGAAUAUCAAAGGUCAAAUUAAGGAACUUGUCGAGUAUCCUGAUACAAUGUGGCUGCUGCUUUAUCCCGAGGGUACGCGUUUUACACCAAAGAAAUUGGAAGCCAGUCAGAAAUUUGCUAUUGAAAAAGGUCUACCAGUAUUAAAGUAUCAUUUAACGCCACGCACAAAAGGCUUUACCGCCAGUAUUCCGCACAUGAGAGGCAAAGCAACGGCCAUUUAUGACAUUCAGAUAGCAUUCAAACCAUGUGAUCCCGUGAAGCCAACCAUGAGGAAUCUUCUUCUUGGGAAACGGCUCGAAGGACAUAUGUAUGCUAAAAGAAUUCCUAUUGAAGAAGUGCCGGAGGGAGACGAAGCUGCUGCUGAAUGGUUGCACAAGCUCUAUCAGCAAAAGGAUCGUAUGACGGAGAGUUUCUAUAAAACCGGCGAUUUUUUUACCACGAGCGGAGUGCCUAGGACAGACUCGUUCAGACUAAAAAGAAGAUAUUAUUCCCUCAUUAACACCAUAUUCUGGGCGAUAGUUGUUCUUGUACCAAUGCUCUAUUAUCUUCUAAGGCUUCUCCUAUCCGGUUCGAGCUUCCACUUUAUUAUGGGGAUUGGAAUUAUCUUUUUAUUUUAUUUGCUAAUGUACAAAACCCUCGGAAUGUCGGAAAUAAGUAAAGGUUCGUCAUAUGGAGCGGCGGACGUGAAAAAGGACAAAUAAUUUUAAAGUAAUCACUAACAAGAGACAAUUUCUGUAAAAAGAAAAACCUAAAGUGUCCAAACAAAAAUUGGAAUGGAUUAUCGGUGUAGACAAGACGAGAGUGAGAAGAAAAAACAUUGCAGAAGGCAGAUAAUAUAUAUAUUUGAUUUAUACUUUGUGUAAUACAUUCUGUGCGUGUGGGCGCACAUGCAACAAAUGCGUUCUCUGCAUGAAUUAGAUAUGUAACAAAUAUAUUUAUAUACACAUAAGAAUAUAUAUAUAUAUAUAUAUAUACACAUAUGUUUUAAAGAAGCUGAUACAAACACAUUGCGUGCGUGCGUGCAUGCAUGCGUGCAUGUGUCUAUGUAUGUAUUUGUACAUACAAAUAUGUCCUAUUUUAAUUGCCUAGUUCGAAUUUCUUGUAAAUGACAUAUUAUUGUGGGAAAUUUUAAAGAACAAAACUGCAAAGUUUCAAGAUAUUAUGAUAUUGAUUUAUUUACAGAUAGAAUUAUUUUCAAUAUUUUUUUUAUAAUCAUAAUUUUUUUAGAUAGAAUCAUACAUUUUUUUUGUUAUAUAAUAUGAUAUCUGAUAUUAUUCUGAUAUUGCUUCUAUAUUCAGGAUAACUAGAGGAAUUAUAUUAUGUAAAAGUACAAAAUUGCAAAAAA